AUUACAUUGUUGAGUGGGAAAUUACAACUAUCAGGUACGUUACAUGUAACUUGGUGUUUGGUGGGUGCAUAUUAGGCGUAGUCUACAAUAACCUUGUAUUGCACAAUUCGCAAAUUGAAAAAUAUUUUCUAUUUUCUUUAAUUCUGAUAAACCGACCUUUAUUGUAAUAAUCAUGAGAAGGUCUUCCUCCUAUAGUUGACAUUUUCACUAAAAAACCAUAAGUUUUUUUUGUUGAUCGUUAUAACGGUUAUCCUUGCAGGCACCCUAAUAGAUUUUCUACCUAAAUAGGUGUUUUAUGCAGCAAAAAACCUCGCUUCGUUAUCUGCGCAGAUUACUUAGUUUUCUGCGCAUACAUUUCUGCACAUAAAACGUGAGGUAUUAUGCGUACCCAACCCUGGUGUAGCGGCGCGUGAAUCGGCGCGGUCGUCGGCGCGGUGCCCGGUAUUAGCUGUUCGACGCAUCAGCUGAUCGGUCGAUGCUAUCGUCACAGUAUACAGUAGCGCAACUCUCUUUAAUAUGUGAAGCCAAUACAACGCGCAUGCGCAAGUUGAGACCCUUCAUAAUGUUUCAAAUGUUUAGAAAUUGACAGCAAUUCUAUAGCUUGCAUAUCGGUACUAUCUGAAAAGUUAUUUUAUAUAUUAUAAAAUAUAUGAUAUUUAUAUAAAAUGAAAUAAAAUUAAAACAAUAAAGUGAAGUGAAGUGUAGUGAGUGAAAGAAAUGAAGUGUAAAGCGUAAAAGUGAUGUGAAUUAAGUGAAGUGAAGUAAAAGGAAAGUGACAUUUAUAUAGCACAGAUUUUUAUUUCUCUUGCAGAAAACACUUUGAUCUUAGCUCUGUUUCAGGUUCAAGAAAAAAACAGAAUUUAGCAAGAAAAUGAGUGGACAAAAUAUUAAAAAGUGUUCAAUAAGAGGUUGUCCUGGAAAUCUGAAACUGGAAAGAAGACAUGUAUUUAGAUUCCCAAAGGAACAUGACAGAUACCGUAUUUUGUUAUAAAAAAUAUGUUUAUAUUCAUUUAUGUUUAUUUAUGUAUUUUUUUAUGUUUUAUAUAUAUAUGUAAAGUUAUAUAUAUAUUUUUUAAUGUUUAUGUUUUUAUGUUCCGUUGCGCGAAUUUCUUACUCAAUUUGCGCUUAUCGCAGUCGCGAAUCGAUAGAGUGAAUCAGAAAAGGCAGUCGUUUUGUCUUCUUGCUUGCGAGGGAAGACUCAUUCGGGGAAGAUUCGAUUUCUUUCGCGGGGCUCAAAUCCAAAUUGGAGUUGCGAUUCGGGGAAAGUGAGCUCGCGCAAAACUUUUACUUACAAUUUGCUAAUUGAAAGCAGAACGCGGGCGAAGAUUUUGCGACAUUGGGCGCGGAUCUAGAGCGGCUUUCGCAGAAAGCAUAUGCUUUUAUGUUUUUAUGUUUAUAUUUAUUAUUAUAUUUUUUAUAUAAAUUUUUAUAUUUAAUAAAUUCUUAUAACAGAUGGUUGCAAUGGAUACGAUCUAGUGGACGACUGGAUUUGGAAGAAAAAGGUCCCGAAUAUUCUUCUAAAAAUUGUCGAUUGUGUUCACUACAUUUUGAGGAAAAAUGGUUCAAAAUUAGUAACAGAAGAAUUCUUCUUUAUCUUAAUGCCGUUCCUAUAAGAUUUGGAAAAGAUUUAGAAUCAUUUUCAAAAAUUAAAGUAGAAGAAAGUAGAACAGAUACAGAAGCAGAAAAAGACAAAGAAAUUGAAGAAACAAUACAACAGCAAACAUGUUCUGCAACAGAAAAAGAAAAUAGAAAAGGAACUGAUAAAAAAAAUAUUAAUAUAGAAAAGGAAAUAAUGGAUGUCUGUAAUAAAGGAAAGAAGAUGGAUGUUAAGAAGAUGGAUGUUUGUAAGAUAAUACCAAGUACAACAAUGCUAAAACCAACGAUGACAUCGAAGAAAAAAAACAGCCCUACAAAAAAACAGCUACGUACAACCAUAAAGAAGUUGAGAUUAAAACAUAAAAUUUUUCAGCAAAAACUGCGACGUUUUCAAAAAAGAAAAGACAGAACGAUCACCACCAAAGGUCAAGAACAUGUAAAAGAAAAGGUACAGAGUGAAGAAUUAAAAAUUUUAAAAACAUUCGGGAAUAAGUGGUUACCAGAAAAAUUUAGUAUGUUAUUGUCAGUACAAAUAGAUGCGCAAACAAAAAGCAAACGUGAUAUACGAUACAGUAAUAAAUUUAAAAAAUUUGCUCUGUCUAUGUAUUUUUUAAGUUCGCGAAAUUAUAAAGAAUUAAAAAAAUCAUUUACAUUACCUUCUGUGCGUACUUUACAUUCUUUUACAUAUAAUUGAAAUGUUGAACCCGGUAUUAAUAUAAAAAUUUUUGAAGCCUUAAAAAUAAAAUAAAAUUUGUUACCAUUAAUAAAACGACAUUGUAUUUUGUGCGCGGACGAAAUGAGCUUAAAAUCUCAUUUAUUUUACAAUGUCUCACGAGAUGAAAUAAUAGGAUUUCAAGAUGUUGGUGAUAAAAAAUUACCAAUACCUGCAAAAAGUGCGUUUGUUCUUAUGGCACGCAGCAUUGCAGAUAAUUGGAAAGUUCCACUUUGUUAUUGUUUUGUAGCCACUGCUUGUACAAGCGACACGUUGAAAAUUAUUAUUUUUGAUGCAAUAAUGAAACUACAAGAAUGUGGUGCUACUGUGCAUGCAUUAGUUACGGAUAUGGGUUCUAAUUUCUUGCAAUUAUCGCGUGAGUUAGGGAUAUCAAAUGAAAAUUCUACAUUUGUUGUUAAUGAACAAAAUAUAUUGUAUAUUUUUGACACUCCCUAUUUAAUUAAAGCAACACGUAAUAAUUUGUUAAAAUAUGAUUUAAAAUUUAAUGAUAAGUUUGCAUCAUGGUCUCAUAUUGUACAAUUUUAUUCAAAAGAUAAAAAACAAUGGAUUAAAGCAGCUCCUAAGUUAUCUCCAAUUCACAUUGAACCCACUAAUUUUGCAAAAAUGAAAGUUAAAUAUGCCGUACAAGUUUUUAGUAAUCAUGUAGCUGCAGGUAUGUGACACACCUCCCCUCGGGGUAACGAGCGGCCCCAAAUGACCUUUCCCGGUCGGGCCAUUCGGCCCUUGUGACUGACGAAGAACGUCACGUCACAAUAUGUACAAAUUACAAAUUAUUAAUUAUAACAGCUAUAUAUACAUGCAAGAAAGAAACAAAAAUUAAAGGUGUAAAAUAUUCCACAUUUUUCUAUUUUUCUGGUCAACAUUUUUACGUGCUUUAUUAUGUUGUAAAAGUGCAUAAUAAAUGCGCAUGCGAAAAAACAACUUAACAAGAAAUUCUUUAGGAAAGUUAGGACAUGGUGAUUGAAAAUUAAUAUUUUUUAUAAAAGAAAGUAAAUAAGCACCAAUAUUUUUUUUAUAACAAUUACUUUCAAAAUUUUUAAUAAAUAUUUCAUCUAAUUUAUGUAUGUAUAAACAAAAUUGAUUACUCGGAAUAUUUAAAGCUCCAAAAAGUUCUCCAUUUUCAGACCCAUAAUCGCGGAAUGAACAAUAUAAAGUAGUGUCAUCUAAAAUUUAAGUUGUUUCAUUCAUAUAAUCUGUACAUAUUUCACAUGAAUGUAUUGCUAAACAUCGUUUUAUUAAAAAAUCGCAAACGUAUUUAAACGCGUUUUGUUCUGGCAGGUCAAUAGAACAAUAAUCAUGUGUAGGAACAUCUAAAAUUUUAUAUGUGAGUGGUAUAUUAAAGUCGGAAUCUGUAAAAUGAAGAUUUGAUGUUUCCAUAAGAUUUAAUAUUUCAUCAGAAUCUGAAGCACAAUUUUUAGUUUCACAAUUUUCUAAUAAUUUAAUGCUAAAUAGUUUUUUGAAAGCGCGUGCAAACUGUAUAGGAGUUGGAUUAACGGAAUAAUCGCCUUGUUGCCGAAUAGAACCAAAAAAAUUUUCAAGGCAAUCCUGAUUUAUUCUACGAGUUUGUAGAUAUAGAAAGUUAAAAGUUUUCAAUAUUUCCCACAAUUGUAUAAUACUGUUAAUAGUGACCUGCCAGCAUUCAAAACAUUUAAUUUUUAUAUUUUUAUUUUUAUUAAUAAUUCUUAUAUUUUUUAAAAAAUGUAACAUUUCUUGUAAAAAUUCCAAUUGUUUCGUAUUACCAAUAAAAACUUUCCUGUAUUCUUUUGCAGUGACUGUAAAAGAUGAAUUUAAAAUAUCAAACAAUUUAUCGAAACGAUCAAUAAAUUCUACUGUUCCAAUUGCUUCAGAUGAAAGACAACCUACAGACAUUAGUGUACACCAGUGUUGCAAAAAUUUAAUUCCUUUUUAGACUUAAUUCACAAAUAAUUAAAAAUUCCGAAAGGGCUUGUGAAUUAAAAGUGAGUUUAAUUCAUAAUUCCGAAAAGGCUCGUGAAUUAAAAGUAAGUUUAAUUCACGAUUCCGAAAGGGCUUAUGAAUUAAAAGUGAGUUUAAUUCACGAUUCCGAAAAGGCUUGCGAAUUAAAAGUGAGUUUAAUUCACGAUUCCGAAAGGGCUUAUGAAUUAAAAGUGAAUUUAAUUCACGAUUCCGAAAAGGCUUGUGAAUUAAAAGUGAGUUUAAUUCACAAUUCUGAAAGGGCUUGUGAAUUUAGUUUGAAACAAGUCCAGAUGAUUGGAUUCGAAAACAAUGAAUUAAUUCACAGAUGAUUGAUUUAAGUCCCGUGCGAGAAAUGAAUUUAUGUUUAUGAAUUUUUAUUAUUUAUGAGUCAUUUUUAUUCUCCAUAUGUUCUUAAAAAAUAAAAACAGCUAUUGCUGCAAAUUUGCCUUUGUUACAUAUGUUCAACACAUCUUUAAAUCUUAUUUCUAAAUCAUUUGUUGCAUAUAUCUUUUGAAGAGUAUUAUACAAGGAAUUCCAUCUUGUAACGGUGGGUCUUUGAAUGCCGAAUUCUAAAAUUUUAUCCAAAUUUUCUCUUUUUUUAGGAGAUUUUAGAAGCUUCCAUAAAGCUUGGCAUUUAUUCAUAACGUCAUCAUGUAUGGUUUUUACACUUAGAACAUUAUUUAUCGCUUUUCCUGCAUCUACUGAAGCAAUGAGAUUAAGAAUGUGGCUAGCACAUCGAAAAUGACUUGGCAAUGAUUGAUAAUCAUUAAUAGGAAAAUCACAAUCAUACACAGAAAAAAAAUGUAAUACAGCCAAUAACAUAUGUGAUUGCGGGCUGCCAACUACAUAAAAUACUCAAUACAAUAAUAUUUUAUAUUAAUGCAAGUACAAUGUUGAUACUGCAAUAGCAUAUAUUAUUGUAUUGAGUAUAUUUUUAAUUGGCAGCCCGCAAUAACAUAUCUUAUUGAAUAUAUUACUUUUUUUUUCAGUGUAUACUUUAUUUUCCUCCUCCAACAUUUCUUCGUUAUCGAAAUUAGAGUUGAUAUCGAUAGGAACCUCACGAUCAAUUUCUAUUUCUUUUUCUUCGUUGU